AGAACCGAGAAAGCGACGACCGAGAAGGCGACAUGACGUCAUCUGUAAUCGACGCACGUGCUUGUGUAAUGUGGACUAAAGAUGGCUGCUGAGAUGCUACAGUUUCAUGAAAUGGGUCUAGACGACCGGCUUUUAAAGGCGGUUGCAGAUCUGGGCUGGUCUCAGCCAACUCUGAUCCAGGAGAAGGCCAUCCCUCUGGCUCUGGAAGGCAAGGACAUUCUGGCCCGUGCUCGGACUGGAUCUGGAAAGACUGCCGCCUAUGCUAUACCCGUCAUACAGCGCAUCCUGGCCUCCAAACAGUGUGUUCGUGAGCAGGACGUAAGAGCUCUAGUUCUGGUACCAACCAAAGAGUUGGGUCAGCAGGUUCAGAUCAUGAUGAGACAGUUAACAUCCUACUGCUCACGAGACGUCAGAGUGGCAGACAUAUCAGGCAAAGCGGAUGUGUCGACACAGAGACCCAUCCUUAUGGAGAAGCCUGAUGUGGUUGUAGGAACACCAUCCCGUGUGUUAGCACACCUCAACGCUCAGAACUUGGUUCUGCACUCUUCCCUAGAGAUGAUGGUCGUAGACGAGGCUGACCUGCUCUUCUCUUUUGGCUUUGAGGCAGACCUGAAGAACUUACUGUGCCAUCUGCCAAAGAUCUACCAGUCGUUCCUCAUGUCGGCUACUUUCUCAGAAGAAGUCCAGGCUUUAAAGGAGCUGCUGCUUCACAAUCCUGUGAUCCUGAAACUUCAGGGCUCUCAGCUCCCAGACAGCAGCCAGCUGCAGCAGUACACCAUCAAAUGUGAAGAAGAGGACAAGUUCCUGCUCAUCUACACGCUGUUGAAACUGCAGCUGGUUCGAGGAAAGACGCUGAUGUUUGUGGGAGCAAUGGAUCGAAGCUACAGACUCAAACUGUUCCUGGAACAGUUUGGCAUCCCUGCUUGUGUCCUCAACUCUGAGCUGCCCAUCCAGUCCAGGUGUCACAUCAUCACCCAGUUUAACCAGGGCUUUUAUGACAUCAUCAUUGCCACAGAUGAGCAGAGUUUGGCUUCUUCACAGACGACUUCAGGGAAGAAGAAGAAAAAGAGCAAAGAAAAGGGAGGAAAGGCCAAAGAUAAAGAAUAUGGUGUCUCCAGAGGUGUGGACUUUCAAAGUGUUUCCAAUGUCAUCAACUUUGACUUUCCCACAAAUGUGGAGUCCUACAUCCAUCGAGUUGGGAGGACGGCGAGAGCAGACAACCCGGGCACCGCGCUGUCAUUCAUCUCUCACACUGAGAUGGACCUGUUGAGCCAGGUGGAGGAGGCUCUGAGUGGAGAUUCAGCUGACCCUGUUCUCAAGCCGUACGAGUUUAAGAUGGACGAGAUUGAAGGCUUCAGGUACAGGUGCAGGGAUGCGAUGCGGGCUGUGACGAAGCAGGCUGUGAGGGAGGCCAGGCUAAAGGAGAUCAAACAAGAGCUGCUGAACUCUGAAAAGCUUAAGACAUAUUUUGAAGACAACCCCAGAGACCUGCAGCUGCUCAGACACGACAAAGACCUUCAUCCUGCUGUCAUCAAGCCUCAUCUAAAGAACAUACCUGACUAUCUCAUUCCUGAGACCCUGAAGGGCGUAGUGAACCCGCUGUCGAGCAAGAGGAGGAGGAGGAUGAAAUUCAAACCAGGGGGAGUCGUCCAAAGCAGCUUCAAGAAGAACGUGAGAGGGAAGAAUCCGCUGAAGAGUUUCCGGUACACUGGAAGGAAAGACAAAACGGGCAAAGCGGACCCAUCCUAGCUGGAGCUAGAGUCCUGGAUGGUAUAAAUAAGAGACAUGUCCACCUGGAGGACAGUGUGGGUCCAGUGGGUGGACAUUUUAUACUAUUUACCAUGAAAGGUAAUGGACUACAGACACUUGUGAGGACUGAAGAGAACUUUGUUCUUGACAAAUAAAACCCCUAACCCUCCAAAGAAAAGAAUAAACACAAACUUUUAAAUUUGGUAUAAUGUAUCUGUUUUGGAUAUAUUACUGAAUGAUAAUUAGAAUGUUUCUGUUUUCCCAAUCUGUGUAAAUCUAAACAGUUUUUUUCUCUAAGGAAAUAAAAACAUUCCUGAUCUGAGGAUGGAGUUUUCAGAAAGCACCCUAAAUCUGAAGUGUCUGAUGUUUUAUAUCAGCCAUAAAUACUUCCAUAAUCUGCCACUUGUAUGAACAGCUGUUUGCUCCUCAGCAUCACAAACAGCGGAUGCAUCAACAGAUGCAAAUGAAGCAGAAGAUAAUAUAUAACAAGCCCUCUGAGAUUGGGUUAGAAAAGGUCCGCUUUCUUCAUUAAACCUUGAAAACUCUGAACAGCACAAGCAGUAAAAUCCCAUCAGGACCCUGAUGGGAUUUUACUGCUGAGCCCAUUUAAAUGUAUUGUCAACACAGUUUGUGUUUUAUGGCAGUUACAUCUUGUUAUUGUUUAAAAAAACAUGACAUAUAUUAUAGUUGGUGUUUUUGUUGGGCAAGACAUCAUUGCUGAAGGAUUCUAACUCGCGGUACAAGAGUUCCUGGGUUGAGAAACAGGAUCCCUUCAGGCUCCUGUGUCGGUCCUGAGAGGAAACGCUUCAUAAAGGCUUUUAUUGCUGUAGGACGUUUCAGUUUCCUCAAAGGAACCACCACUUCCAUCUCUGUCCCAUCUCAAAGCUGGCGGAGACCCCACAGUUAUCCUCAGUACCUUAAAUACUGAAGAAUGAUAUUCCAUAAAUUAUUCAAUUCGAUUCAAAUGGUGACAGACGUGAAAACCUCAACAACUGUACCUUGAGUUUCUGGCAGAUGUUUAUAAAGUCUCUUCUGCCUGAUCCAGAUGUGCAGCAUUCACACGAUUUUUCAAAUGAAACAGCCCACCCCCACCUGGGGACAACUCCCGAGUCACCAAAUGGGAGGGAACCAGAGUAACCUGGAAAAAACAUGCAACCCCACAAAAGGGCCUCUGUCAGGAUUUGAACCUGCAACCUUCCUGCUGCAAGACAGCAGUGUUGUGACGACUCUGGUUAAGAGGAGGCACUUGACUCAACUGUAGCAACCAUCUUCGACUGGGUUUAAUCUAACAGUAAAUCAUAGACAACUCUGCAGCGGGCGACAAGGCAUUGAAAUGAACAGGAGGGACGGAACAGUCCAAUCCAUGUUUAUUUGAGCGUACAAAGCAGAAUUAAUGACACCCAAGGCACAAUUAGUUUUAUCUACUGGAGAAAUCACUACUGUUAAUCAGACACCUCCAGCUGUGGUGGAGGUCCCGGCGUACGUACAAUCAGUUAAACAUGGACACAGAAGAAGAAGGCAACGCACGGUAAACAUGGUGUGUUCUACAAAACAGAUCUGUACUGCAUGUAAACAAGCUGCAAGCUCCAGUCAACACGGAGCUCCACUAGGUUUAUGAGCAGCGGUUGGCACAUUAGAGAUCAACAUUAGAGAUCAACAUUACUGAGUCACUCAUUAAACAUCUGCGAUAAAAGAUGAAGCUCCCAUUCUUUGUAGGCGCCCGUAAGGCAUCUUAAAACGAGAGAGGAUUUGUAAAGGAAGUCUGAAAGCAGAAAACUUGUAGAAACACUGACAUUUAAGGUGAACGGAGAUGUGAACAUGUGAUUUAACCUCACACACUGCCCGUGAUGAAGCCACGUAGAGGCUGACAGACAGGCACUUAUACAGUCACGUAAAUUAACACCAGACAUCUUUGCUCAUUAAAGAUAAACCCUCCAUCUCGGCAAUUAAAGGAUGUGUGCGUUUCAAAAUAAAUUGUGAAAUAAUUAAAUAUUUAUGAAUAAACAUUUGGACAAUCUCAAUUUAAGACAUUUCGUUCUUUUUUUGGUCAUCAUGUGACCCCUGAAUGUCAAGUUCUGUCAGGUACCUAAUACAAUCAACAGCUUUAUUUAAGAAAAUAUCUCAACAAUAAAAGGAAAUUAAAAUGUUGGAUUUGUUAAUUAUGUUCAAGUAUUUGUUACUAGUGUUUAAAUCACACUAUGGAUUCUCUACGUGCGUACAGCAUUAGUUUGUGCUGACAGCGCUCACUUUAAAUGCUGAGCAGAACUAAAUAAAUGCCCCGUUGUUUCCCUGAGCUGUAAAGGAAUCUUCCUCUAUGGGGUUGGAGAUAACAAAGGGAGGCCGUUGCAGCAGUUUUAGCUUUGUGGGCCCCUUUAGCAGCUCAUGCUUCCACUGCUGCUGUAAAAAAAAAAAAAAUCAAGAA